CGCGGUUUGGGUGUGCUCGGGGCGCCCAAUGGCUCGGGAGCAUCUGGGAAGACAGGUGCAGGUGGCGGAGGCGGCGCGGAGGGCAGGGCCGGCGGGCGGGCGUGGCCCAGGGAGCCGGCGCGGCGGUCGCUGGCGGGCGCCCCCCGCGCGGGCAUGGCGGCUUGGUGGCCCGCGAUGCUGCGCGCGGUCCGGCGCUACCCGUGGCCCACGAACGUGCUGCUCUACGCGGCGCUCUUCUCCGCCGGCGACGCGCUGCAGCAGCGGCUACGGGGCGGUCCGGCCGACUGGCAGCAGACGCGGCGCGUGGCCACCGUGGCCGUGACCUUCCACGCCAACUUCAACUACGUGUGGCUGCGCCUGCUGGAGCGCGCGCUGCCGGGCCGUGCGCCGCGCACCGUGCUGGCCAAGGUGCUGUGCGACCAGGCGAUCGGCGGUCCCGUGGCCGUCUCGGCCUUCUAUGCCGGUAUGAGUAUUCUCCAAGAAAAGGAUGACAUAUUUUUGGACCUGAAACAGAAAUUCUGGAAUACGUACAAGAGCGGUCUGAUGUACUGGCCUUUUGUGCAGCUGACCAACUUCGGCCUGGUUCCUGUUCACUGGAGGACGGCUUACACGGGACUCUGUGGUUUUCUGUGGGCCACCUUCCUUUGCUUUUCACAACAGAGUGGCGAUGGCACGUUCAAGUCGGCUUUUGCCUUCCUUCAUGUAAAGGAGGCCAGUGCCCUUGAAAGGUCCCCCAAGGAAUGAGAAGCCAAGGACUCCCUAGCAAUGCCGAUUUCUUCCAUUCCUUCCUUCUCUCUUCUUUCUCUCCUCCCUCCCUCCCUUCCGCCCCUGCAGGGACUUGCCUACAGAUAACAGAGUCUCCUUACCAGUUACUUGCUCCAUUUUGGAGACUGACUCUCACAUAGACCCCAUGGUUUCAUUAUCCAUGAGGACUUAAAAUUUUAUCCAAACCUUUCUUUUCCCCCCAUUUUGGUCUGAAAGCCUCACUUCUCUAAUAUUUUUACUCCUCUAAUUCUUUGGUUAAUAUUGGUAACAGUGACGUCGUGGCACUUUGCAGUUGCUCCGAUUUCUAUGCUUAUAUUUUAAUGCUGGUUGAUUUAAAGAACGUGUUUUGAUCAUUUACUUAACGUCGAAAAUCUCAGGUUACUCCCCACCCCCAACACAUACUUUUGGGUCAGUUUAACUUUUAUACCAAAAGUAGUCCUUAGAGAAUAUUUCUAUUUACAUAGAGCUCAAUCGAAGAGAAGACUAAAUGACCAAAUUUUCUUCUCUCGAAAUACUUUAUAUAAUAAUUUAUGGUUAUACUGAUGGUCAGUUCUGUAAGUGCAUUUUAUGCUGUCAAAAAACGGUAUCUGAUUGGUGUGUCCCAUAUGGAAUGUAUUUUUCAGAGAUCUUCUACUUUUGUAAUUUUUUAGUUAAGCGCUUUUUAGUUAAUGUGUUCUAAUUUUGAGCCUAUUCAGUUGACUGAAGGACCCCAUUUUUCUAGACAAUAAGAAAUUUACAAAAUUUCUGGCUUCUUAAAGACAGGUAUUGAAUGAAGUUUCUAUGAAAAUGAACAAUUUUUCUUCCUCUGGAAGGAAAAACUCUAUUCCAUAGAUUUCCAGGGAAAAGAGUUACCCCAAAUUUCACACUAAGAUUAUAUUUAAAAAAAAAAAAUCAAUGCUUUCCAGGAGUACCGUGGCUCAGGUGGUUGGGCGUCCAUUUCUUGAUCUUGGCUCAGGUCUUACUCGCUCAGCCAUGAGUUUGAGCCCCAAGCUGCCUCCACGAUGGGCGCCGAGCCUACUUAAAAAACAAACAAACAAACAAUGCUUUCCAAUAAAUCGUUAUCAGUAAUCUUUAAGCUAGACAUGAGAAACUGGAUCCAGACUUUCAGAUUUACUCAGUUUGUCUAACCUCAAAACCAGUGGAUCUAAAAAUGAUAUGACUAUCUGAAGAAGUUUCAGCAAACUUCACCUAAGAAUUGUACCAAAAUGCUGCUGCUUCCAGUGAAGUCUUUUUUUUUUUUUUUUUAAAGAUUUUGUUUAUUU